AAUAAAUUCGGUUCAAAUUUUUUUGAGUGAACUUGUGUGAAAGAGUAAACGGAUUUGCUGUGCAAACGUCAGUGUGAGUUAAGACAAAAAGAAAGUAAGAAAACCUCUGCGGGGCGGGCUCCGUGACACAUUUAUUUGCUUAUUCGACGGGAAAGGAAUAUUACAUAGCGGCGACGACGCGCUCGCUCUACCUUUGGAAAUUCUGCCGUUACAGAGUUAUCAAAAUGGAGUCCAGAUUGUCCAGGCUAUUAGUUGGACUCUCAGUUCAAAUCAGUCGCAGCGAUGGACGUGUCCAUCGAGCAACUGUGAAGUCCGUCGACGCCGUCAAGUCCACCGUGAUGGCGGAGUGGAUCGAGAAAGAGAUGCAUCGAGCCAAAGAGCUGGAUUUGGAAGAAUUUUGUACACUCAAUCCAGAGCUACAAGACCACAUCCAGUCCGUCCUUAAUAAAUCCUUGGACAAAGCCCAUACUCUUCCUGCAGACAAGAGAUAUGAGGGUCGACUGCGCUCAUCCAGGAUUCCUGGCCCGGCCGCCUCCCACACACCAUCCGUAGACAAGACUGAAGGUCGGUCUCAGGUCAGACAGACAAACCGCUUCCAGGCUCAAAUUUCCAUCCCCGAGUCGUCUUCCGAAGGAGCUUUAGGGCCGAUUCCCAGUGAACCUCCAACUUCGGCAGCCCUCGCAAACUCUGGAAAUCCCAAUGAACUGCGACGAAAGAGAGAGGCGAAACCAUCGUUGUCUGUGCCUUUUGUCCACGAGGUCACAAAGGAAAACAUUGAAACGGUGAAGACGGCUCCAUCUAAAUCUUCAGGCCGAAGAAAAUCUGUGGCUCCCCAGGAACUCAACAAAAGCAACAAAAGACUGUCUCAUGUUGUCAAGCCCCCUGAAAUGCAGACCAAGAAGGGCAAGUUCAAAGAAUCAUCCCGACCCAACCAGCAAUUCUAUGAAAUGGUGCAGGACUUCCGCAAGACGAUGGAAACCAUCCCAUUAUCAGUCACCAAUGCGAUUGAGCCUCACAGGAUUUGUGUUUGCAUCCGCAAACGUCCAAUGAACAAACAAGAGCUGAAUAGAAGGGAGAUCGAUGUGGUCUCCGUGCCUGGGAGAGGCGCUCUGCUGGUUCAUGAGCCAAAGCAAAAAGUGGACUUGACCAAGUACUUGGACAAUCAGAUCUUCCAGUUCGACUAUUCUUUUGAUGAGACAUCCACCAAUGACUUGGUCUACAGGUUCACUGCAAAGCCUUUGGUGCAGUCCAUCUUCGAAGGGGGCAUGGCCACAUGUUUCGCCUACGGGCAGACGGGAAGUGGGAAAACUCACACCAUGGGCGGCGAUUUCUCGGGGAAGCAGCAGAAUUGCUCCAAGGGAAUCUACGCCUUAGCAGCCCAGGAUGUUUUCGCCUACCUCGGUCAAAAGAAGUACGCCAACCUGAAUCUGUCUGCUUACGUCAGCUUCUUUGAGAUCUACAAUGGCAAAGUGUACGACCUGCUGAAUAAGAAGACCAUGCUGCGGGUGCUGCAGGACGAGCAUCAGCAGGUGCAGGUGGUGGAUCUGAAGGAGGUCCACGUGCCCUCGGCGGACGAGGUCAUUAAGAUGAUACAGCUGGGCAGCGCGAGCAGAACUUUUGGUCAGACCUCGGCCAAUGCCAACUCCUCGCGCUCCCACGCCAUCCUCCAGAUCAUCCUCAGACGCAACGACCGCGCCACCACGCUGCACGGCAAGUUCUCCCUGGUCGACUUGGCGGGCAACGAGCGGGGCAUCGACGUCAACAGCAACGACCGCGCCACCUUGGUGGAGACGGCCGAGAUCAACCGCAGCCUCCUGGCCCUCAAGGAGUGUAUCCGUUCGUUGGGCAUGAACAGCGAUCACAUUCCUUUCAGGAUGAGCACUUUAACCAAGGUCCUCCGAGAUUCCUUCAUUGGAGAGAAGUCGAGAACCUGCAUGAUCGCAAUGGUGUCACCAGGAAUGGCUUCUUGCGAAUGCACAAUGAAUACACUACGUUAUGCCGACAGAGUGAAGGAGCUGAAUGUCAAGUCCAAAACCAGUGCAGAGGCCGAAACACAGGAACCAGAAAACUGCUCUUCAGACGAGGACACUACUGCAGCCACCACGGUGUAUGACGCCUUAAGCCAUGUGGCCGACCUGGAGGAAAAUGUCUACGUAGAGCUUCAGAGCAUUCAUCAAAAAGUGAAAGAACUAUAUGAGUCCAUGGAGGAGCCCUCAUUUGACAUUGAGGCGGCGCUCCCCAACCUCAUCGACUUCUCCCAGUUCUCCAAGUUGAGAGAAAUCUUGCUGUCGUUGCGUACUGCUUUGGUGGAGGAGAGGGCCCGACUCGGCCAUUGAGUCACCAAUCUCAUCGUUUGUCACUGAAAUUACCUGUUCUUAUUUUUACUCGGUUGUAUUAAAUAAAAUGUGGGCCUUUAUUAACAAGA